AAUGACGUCACCUCGAGCGGUUGCAUUCAAUCUGGUUGGACCUCCCCUUUUCAGUUGGCGAUGACGUCAGGAAGGGGGCGGGGCCAACCCAACCGCUGAAUUUGAGAGCAGCAGGAGCGACUAGCGAGGCUCUAACCAGAGGAAACAAAACACUGCUCUGCUGUCACGUUGUUGUCCCAAAGUGCUGCUUGGAAACGAUGAGGAGGAGAAGCAGCGGCAGUAACACCAGCUGGAGAAGUUCUAGCAGGAGGCGCAGUGAGAGUUUGCGUUUUGAUGAGUUCGGGUUUGCUCUGGCCAAGAGAAAGCAGCAGCAGGUUAAUCACCGAUGUCACGCUUACAGCUAUCCACAUCUGAGCUCGGUGAGGGUGAAGGAGCUGUGUGAGCUGCUCAGCUACUGGAGCGGAGCCAGCUUCAUCUGCAGGAGCCAGGUGGAGCGGUUCAUCAGGAUGGGGGUUCCUCCGAGCCUGCGAGGUCGAGUCUGGAAGUGCCUCCUCAAUGUUGACCACCUGAGCAAGACUAGUAACUUCAACUACCAGAUAUGUUUGUCUGAGGUACGAGGGCCCCUCGUGGAUUUGGGCGUCAGUGAGUAUGGGAUUUUGUCUGCAAUCGCCACGCUGAGCGACACCCAGAAUGAUCUGGAUCAGCAGAGCUCCAGCUGCUCUGAGCCCUGCUACUCAGUCGAUGACAUCACUCUGUUCAGACAGAUCGCUCUCGACCUGCAGCGUUCCUUUCCAACCCACCGGUCUCUGAUGGGGGAAAGCCCAGAAGCCAUCGAGGGUCAGGCUAAACUCUUCAGAGUCCUCAUCGCCUAUGCAAAAUACAACCCAGAGGUUGGCUACAGUCAAGGGAUGUCCUACAUAGCUGCAGUGUUGCUGAUGCAUCUGGGAGAGGAAGAGGCCUUCUGGGCUCUGACAGCCUUGCUGGAUAAACCAAAAUACCUGGCUGACCUGUUUGAUCUCAGCCUCACCAGGGUCCAACAUCAGGCGAAAGUCUUUGACCAGUUGUUGAAACACCGGAAGCCUCGACUUUUCCGGCACAUGGAAUCAGUGGGAGUCUCAUCUGUCCACUUUGUGAUGCCAUGGUUCCUCACUCUCUUCACUUCCCUUCCCUGCUGGGACACUGUUCUGGCUGUCUGGGAUCUCAUCUUUCUAUAUGGCUGCCCAGCUGUGUUUCGUACGGCUCUGACCAUCAUUGAGCUUCUGGAGCCUCAGAUAAUGGACCUGAAUGAUGUAGGAGCAUUAUUACCCCUGCUGUUAAGAGUACCUGUGGAUGUAGCCCAGUACAAUGUGUUGGUUCCUUCUCUGUGGAAUACUGAGGUCCAAGACUGGGAGAUUAAAUGCAUGAACAGCUUGGUGCUGGAUGAGGGCCAACAUGGACCUAAAGCAGAGGAUUUUGAAAAGCAGAAAGCCACACUUCCCAGUCAAGUUGGAGCAGGAAAACAGAAAGAAAGUCUGUCGACAUCAAGUGAGGGACAAAAGACAGCUGAAAGGGGAGGUUUCAGUGUGUUGACACGUAUCAUGCGCAUGGCACAGCGGUACCUUUGCAACCCUAUGGGCAAACAGCGUGUUGAAGAGAAGAGUUCACAACCACAGGCCACACCCAGGCGGCAGAGUCCUUCAACUGUGUACAGGAGUCAGACCUCAGCUUCAGUAACACAAUCUCAGAGCAGAUGGAGGAGGAGGAACCAGCAAAGGGGAAGUGUUCACCAGUCUGUUGUGCAGGGGAGCAGUGGUGCCAUUAACUUUGCUCCUGUCACAAGAGCAGCAGCUGGCUGUGGGAAAACUGAAAGAUGUGAACAAACCAUGAAGAGAUCUUUUUCAGGACCUGGUGGCAAGGCGGCCCUGCGGUCCAGCAACCACAGCGUCAUCCAUCACGUCAGAGCCAAGUCCCUCCGUCACAUCCGAAAUGGAAAGGGCCCACUUAGCCAAACUCCUCCCUGCUCUCCUCUCCCUUCAUCCCUGUGGCCAUCUACCCUUCCUCCAUCAUCCUCCAUCCCCGCUUCAACUGCUCAAACCACUGGUGCUUCUCCAAGUGGAGGGCAACAUGACACGACCAACACGGCCCUCAUCAGAGAGUUAUCAUGCAGACAUCAGACCAGUGUGCCCUUCAGGAACAUCAGAGAGUCGAAGCUGAUCUGACGCCGAUGAACGGAGAGGAAUGUAAUAUAACUGUGAACUUUCUUACCUAAAUGUUGUUGUGCUGUAAAGCGAGACAAGAAAGUCUUUGUUUUUAAAUUGUGUAUUACAUGUUGUCUUAUGUUAACACACACACUCAUGUGUGUUAAGUCCACAACUGUUUUUUAACUGAUGUUUCUAAUUGAUUCAUAAAGAAUGAAGACUUUUUUAAGUUAUUUUAGAUAAUUGACA